AUGACAAUCAACCUCCUGACAGGAUCGUUAAUGCUAUUGGUCCUGAAUAGGCUUAUGUGGACUCAUGUUAGGAAAAUAUCAUUCGCAAAGGGUUUGCCGAAGGGAAACAACUGCGCAAUGAUUUCAAGCAACGUAAAUCGGUUUGCCGUUGUAUUGGCAUCCCUUCUCAUCCUGAUCAGCUUUGCAGAUGCCGACUACAUCUAUGGUCGUUGCAAUUCAGGAAAAUAUGUCAUAUCGUCACCCCACGAAUGCCGGCGCCCGUGUAUCGAAAAUGAGCAGCCUAAGAUCUGCCAUUAUCACUUCCAUAUCGAGUCCUUCAUUACCAUGGGAUCAGCAUGUGUAAACUGUACACCCACUAUUACCAAUCAGCUGAACCCUACUUGCCAAUGCGUAACCGCAGAUGGUAUUGAGCGAGCCGUACUAACUGUGAACAGAAUGAUUCCUGGACCCAGCAUCCAGGUCUGCAAAGGGGAUCAUGUCGUCAUUGAUGUUACAAACGCAAUGGACGCUAAAGCAACGAGUAUUCACUGGCACGGGAUUUAUCAGUACGGUAGCCAGUACUACGACGGUGUACCUUUUGUAACUCAAUGCCCAAUUGCGGAUGGGAACUCGUUUAGAUAUCAAUGGCAUGCUGAAAACGAAGGCACGCAAUUCUGGCACUCGCAUCACGGGUCUCAAAGAAUAGAUGGCCUUUACGGAAGCAUAGUUAUUCGUACACCAAAACCUUUGCAUCGCAAUCUGUACGAUUACGACAGACCGGAAGAUGUGAUAGUGUUAAGUGAUUGGUUCCAUGCAAGUGGCUCCGAAUUUUGGCCAGGAAGAUACCGUUACAACCCCGGUCAAGGCGCGGUUUCGGUACUUAUACAGGGAUUAGGACAAUACACGAAUCCAACCAACGGCAGUACAACCACUACACCACUGGCAGUCGUUAAAGUCAAACCAGGAAAAAGAUAUAGGAUCAGAUUUAUCAAUGCUUGCACUACGGUUUGUCCAUCCGAGUUCAGCAUCGAAGGGCAUGAUUUCGAGUUAAUCGCUGCAGACGGAGCGGACAUUGUACCUGCAACCGUAAACAGCAUCCUCACUACUGCAGGUGAGAGGUACGAUCUCGUGAUUAAAACUCACGACAGCGUUGAAAGUUCAUGGUGGAUUCGUGCACGAGCGAUAGGGGACUGCACAAACACGUCUGUUCAGCAAUUCGGAAUUUUGCAAUACGAAGGAGCCCCGCAAUAUCCGGUUACUCCGAAACCCGGAUACAACGAAGGUUUCUAUGGAGCAAGGUUCAAGGAUCUUCUCGGUCGUCGGAAGCACGAAAAACAACCAAAAUCCGUUGUCGGAGGAAUGGUUGCAAUCGCUUUGAAUAACAGUAAAAUACCUGAAACUGACAGUGACUUCGACAGUUGGGAAGUGAAAAAUGCCCUUCCAAUCACCGAAGACAUACGCGGAGAACCAGACAUCCAAAUCAUGGUACCGUUUAGCCUUCAGAAUCUCGAUGAAACAUAUGCCUGGGCGCCAAGAACUUAUCAACGUUUUGCAAUCACGCCAGAACGUGUUACGAUUGCUGCAGGCAUCGGUACUAUCUCACACGUUGCUCCGACAUCGCCGCUGUUAUCGCAAAUAGAAGAUGUUCGACCAGGAACAUUCUGCAAUCAAAGCAGUGUUCGUGUUACAAAGAGCAGAAUCAACAGGUGCACGCACGUGGUGAACGUUAAAUUGGGUGACCUCGUUGAGAUUGUCCCCAUCGACCUAACACCACGUGGAGAUCUAUUCCAUCCUUUUCACCUCCAUGGAUACCAAUAUUACGUCCUCGCUAUGGGGGCGAAUCCCGAUCCGGUCAAAUAUCCGAUAUGGAAUGCAUCAGUUUUUCAUCUUUUCGACAAACAAGGUGCAAUCCAAAGAAAUUUUGUCAAUCCGCCAUUGAAAGAUACCACUACAGUAACCGCUCGCGGUUACGCGGUUCUGCGAUUUCGUGCGUUUAAUCCUGGUUACUGGCUAAUGCACUGUCAUUUCGAUUACCACAUGAUGAAUGGCAUGCAGAUGAUAAUGCACGUCGGUGAAAAGACAGAUCUUCCACCAGUUCCUCCAGACUUUCCUAAAUGCAAAAAUUACAAACCCCCCAUAGUUCCCAGGGAUUAAAUGAAAUACUUGUUAAAAUAA